CCCGCGCAUGCGCAGGAGUGCCCCCCAGGCAGGAGAGCCCAGUGGUGGCAGGGAGACAAAGAGAGGCCGGUGGGUUGUCUUUCGGGAGGCUAGCAAUGGAGCGCAAGGCCAGGAAGGCGAAUUCCCCGCAGCCGUUGCAGCCCUCCUUCCCUCGCCAGCGGAUCUUCAACGGAAGGAAGCGAGCCCAACCCGGAGAGGGCUCUGCCCGGUCUGCAGCUGAAGCCAAGCGCGGCUUUCCUGACUCUCCCGGGGCCCGACUUCUGCGCCUGGAGCGCAAAGUGGCAGCGGCAGAGGAGAGGUGGGCCGGCUGCGAGAAGAACGUGGUGGAGAUGGGGAGCCAGCUGGAGGGCAGGCUGGCUGUGCUUGGCACCUUGAUGGAGGAGAACGGCCUGCUCCAGAGGAGGCUGGAGAACCUGGAGAACCUGCUGAAGAACCGCAACUUCUGGAUCCUGAGGUUUCCACCGGGCAGCAAUGGGGAAACCCCGAAGGUGCCAGUGACCUUCAACGACUCCUCGGUCAGCUUCAACGCACAGGAAUGGGGAAACCUGGAGGAGUGGCAGAAGGAGAUGUUCAAGGCGGUCAUGAGGAGCAACUAUGAGAUGCUGGUCUCCCUGGACGAUGCCAUUUCGAAGCCCACGUUCCUGUCUCAGAUCGAACGCGGGGAAGAUCCAAGUGCGAAGGAGGCCGAUGACUUGGAAGAGGAAGACAUACCUGUAGAUCCCGGCUGCUCAGGUUCCUCCGUGAUUGUUGUGAACGCGGCUUCCUGGGGCCAAGAAGACGAGAAAGAAGAGGAAGAUGGCCCUGGGACGGUGCUUUUGGAGGUCGCAAGCCCUGACGAUGCCAUUUCCAAGCCUGAAUUCCUUUCCCACAUCGAAGGAAGCGGCGAACCAAGCGCGAAGGAUCCGGAUGACUUGGAAGAGAGUGACAUGCCCGUGGAUCAUGGCUGCUCAGGUUCCUCCAUGAUCAUUGUGAAUGCAGCUUCCUGGGGAAGAGGAGACGGCAAAGAGGAGGUGGCAGCCAUCUUGGCUUUGCAGGAAGACAGUCAAGGGGCGGCUCUUUUGGAGGACUCAAGCCCUGAUCUCCCCCUGAGCCGGGACGUGGGGUCGCAGGUCAAGCAGGAACUGGAGGAGAAGCCCAUCAAGGAAGAGCCCUUGUCCCCCGGGAGCCCCGCUGACAAUGAGUCCUUUAUUCCGGUCUGCAUCAAGCAAGAGGAAGAGGAGCAGGAGGAGCAGAGCAUGGAAGACCAACCAUACCUGGUUUACUUUGCAGACCACAGCCAGUCGCUCCCGAUGGCCGGUGCAGAGCAGGGAGAGGGCCCAACGACGAAGUCUUCUGUGUCCUCGUGCGGGAAGGAUCCCGAGGCGAAGGAGGCGGAGGUACAAGGCUGCCUGGCGCUCUGCGGCAUGUGCAACCAGAGCGUGUCCAAUCGGGAGACGCUGGGCGACCACCAGUACAGCCGCAAGCACAAGCUCCACUGCACCGAGUGCAACCGCAGCUUUGCCUUCCAGGGCCAGCUCUCCCAGCACAUGCUGGUCCACCUGCAGGGAAUCCAGCUGCACUGCGACCACUGCAACCUCUGCUUCUCCAGCCAGAAAGCCCUCGAGGUGCACAAGCGGGUCCACCUCCUGGACUGGCCUCUGCACUGCUCCAUCUGCAACUGCAGCUUCUCGGACGCGGCCAGCUUCGACCACCACCAGCAGAGCCAUGCGCCGGGCCAGGUGCGCCGCUGCCUGGAGUGCAACGUCUACUUCACGGACUCCUUGGCGCUGCAGGAGCACAAGCGCACCCACGCCGAGGACUGGCCCUUCCGCUGCGCCCAGUGCGACCGGACUUUUGUGCAUGAGGGCUUGCUGCGCGAACACCUCCUCAAUCACAGCCGCACACGCAGCCGGCGCUGCCACAUCUGCGGCUCCUGGCUCUCCUACCGUGGCAUGGAGCUCAGCGAGGGGCAGCUCUACUACUGCAGGAAGUGCAAAACCUCCUGCCACGUCCAAGGCAGCCCCGGGGCAGUGGCGGCAGCAGCGGUGGCGGGCAGCCCGGACAAGGGCAGCGCUUAGGGCCCCGCUCGGUCCCCUCGAUGGCAGCCUCAUCCUCCUCGCACCCCAGUAUCCAGUUAUGUGUUUCAGUGCACAUUCCCACAUGUCUCAGCCUGGUUUUUGUCCAUCCUGGAUGCCUUUCUUCCACAUCCAUAGAAGCAACCCGAGUGAGGGAACCACACAGGCCCCUCUCCGUUCUGUAGGUCACAGCCCUGUCCCACUUGAACCCCACAUUCCGGUAUGUGUUUCAAAACAGGGAAUCCUGUUUUGAUCCACAGACAUGAGCACGAAAAAGAAGCACUUUUCCAUCACCUUCAAGAAAGGGAUUGUGGAGGCCUCCCAGGGCAAGAACUGAUGGCUUUCUGCAAAGAGAGGAAGCUGAAUCUCCGGAUGGUCCAGGGAUGGCUCACCGAGUUCGACGAGGAGAACGCCGAGCAGCUCAAGAGCGGAAGGUCAUGCUGGAAGCCCUUGUUUCCUGAGCUGGAAGCCAUUGUCUGCAGGGAUCGCCGAGCGGAGAGCAAAGGCUAUGGUGGUGCUUAGGGUGGACAUCCAAGCAUUUGCCCUUGCUGUGGCCCUGCAGUUGGAAAUUCCCCCAGAAGAGUUCAAAGCAUUGCAACACUGACCUCACAACCUCUGAGGAUGCUUGCCAUAGAUGCAGGUGAAACGUCAGGAGAGAAUCCUUCAAGGACAUGGCCAUAUAGCCCGAAAAAACCUACAACAACCCACUGGCUGCAUUUCUCCCUCCAGCAAUACAAACUGUCUCUUAAGAAGAUGGAUAGCGCUGCUCAAGAGGAAAAGAUAACGGAGUGAUUGAAACCCAUGCAGGGUUUUAAGGGUUAAAAUCAACACCUUGUAGUUUGCCCAGAAACUAAUUGGCAGCCAGUAGAGUGACUUUAGGAUUGGUGUCAUGCGCUCACUCCUAGAUGUUCCUGUAACCAGUCUGGCUGCCAUAUUUUAAACCAGCUGGAGUUUGGUGCAAGGGUAGCUCAAUGUAGAGCGCAUUGCAGAAGUCCAGCCUUGAGGUUAUCACCAUCUUUUACUUUGAACCUGCUGGAGUUUCCAAACUUGGUGCAAGGGUAGCCCCACGUAGAGCGCAUUGCAGAAGUCCAGCCUUGAGGUUAUCACCAUCUUUAAGUCCUCCAAAUAUAGAAAGGGGUGCAGCUGAUGUAUCAGCUGAAGCUAUAAUAAGUACUCCUGAUCAUUGUCACGUCUACCUGGGCUGACCUGUAGAGAGACGGAUCCAGGAUCCUUUGUCCCAAGCUGCAAACACAGUCUUUUGGAGGAGAGGGACAUCAUCCAGGACUGGUUGACGCACCUCCAUCCCUCUGUUUUGUCUGGAUUCAGUGCCUAUGUGUUUUUACUCAUCCAACCUGUGACCUCCUCCAAGCAUUCUUUCAUAGGAGACACACUAUCUUUACCUGAAGAUAUUCGGGUGUCAUCAGCAUACCUAUGGCACUGUGCCCCAUGCCUCCAGAUGUUCUCUCCCACCAGUUUCAUGUCAGUGUUGGACAGAAUGGCAUCUUGUGGGAUGAUGCCAGAUAACCUCUCCGGUAGGCUGCUAGGUAUUGUGGGAGUUGAAAUCCAAAAUACCUGGAGGGACAAAGUUUGCUCAUGCCUGCGCUACGGGAAACCGAGUCACAAGGAAUUCAGGCUGGACUUUGGGGUUUAAUAAAGUUCCAGAAGAAAUCGACAUGACUGUAUUUCAAUCAAUGUAGGUUGUUGUAUAUGAAUAAAUGUAGAUUGUUGUGCAUCCCAUAAAAAUAAUGCGUCUUUUCCAGACAAAA